AUGGCAGGAGGAGGCGGAGGAAGAAACUUGGAGGAAACACCCACAUGGGCUGUCUCCACUGUCUGUUUUGUUCUGAUCUUGAUAUCCAUAAUCAUCGAACACAUCAUCCACCUCAUAGGACAGUGGUUGAAGAAGAAGCACAAAAGAGCGCUCUACGAGUCACUUGAAAAGAUCAAAUCAGAGCUUAUGUUAUUGGGGUUCUUAUCGUUGCUUUUAACGGUAGGACAAGGUCCAAUAUCAAGAAUAUGCAUAUCAGAAAAAGUAGCAUCAACAUGGCACCCUUGUAGCCACGCCGGUAGCAGCAUCAGCCACGACACAGUUAGUGAAGAAUCAGAAGUCGGAACCAACAGCCGCAGGUUAUUAGCAGCGUUUCAUGGUUCAAACGAGGUAAAUCCACGCCGUGUUUUGGCUGGAGGAAGCGACAAGUGUGGCGAGGUUGGUAGGAUUCUGUUUUUCUUCUCAGUUCUCACACCAUAUACACGCAAUUUCCACCAUAUUUCUCUCCAUUUUCAUAGCUUUUCACAACAUCAAUUUCCAUGUGGUUAA